UGGCGGUGCCGCAGCCAUGGAGGGAGGCAGCGGCGGCGGCUGCGGCUCGGGUGGCUGCGCUGGGAGGCGGCGGUGAGCGGCUCUCACGCCCCCGGCCUGGCCCCGGCCCCCCGGGACGGAGCUCCGAGCAGUCCCGGCUCCGGGCUACAGACUAUGGGCGAGCAGCGCUGAACACCGGGGGAAGAGCUAAGAAUGAAGCGGAGAGCAUCAGACAGAGGAGCUGGGGAAACGUCGGCCAAGGCCAAGGCUCUAGGAAGCGGGAUUUCUGGAAGUAAUGCGAAGAGAGCUGGACCUUUCAUCCUGGGUCCCCGUCUGGGCAACUCCCCGGUGCCGAGCAUUGUGCAGUGUUUGGCCAGGAAAGAUGGCACAGAUGACUUCUAUCAGCUGAAGAUCCUUACCCUUGAGGAGAGGGGGGACCAAGGAAUAGAAAGCCAAGAGGAGAGGCAAGGCAAGAUGCUGUUACACACCGAAUACUCUCUGCUUUCCCUCCUCCACACGCAGGAUGGCGUGGUUCACCACCACGGGCUCUUCCAGGACCGCACCUGUGAAAUCGUUGAGGACACAGAAUCCAGCCGAAUGGUUAAGAAGAUGAAGAAGCGCAUCUGCCUCGUCCUGGACUGCCUCUGUGCACACGACUUCAGCGACAAGACCGCUGACCUGAUCAACCUGCAGCACUACGUCAUCAAGGAGAAGAGGCUCAGCGAGCGCGAGACCGUGGUCAUCUUCUACGACGUGGUGCGCGUGGUGGAAGCCCUGCACCAGAAGAACAUCGUGCACAGGGACCUGAAGCUCGGGAACAUGGUGCUCAACAAGAGGACGCAUCGGAUAACCAUCACCAACUUCUGCCUCGGGAAGCACCUCGUGAGCGAGGGGGACCUGCUGAAGGACCAGAGGGGGAGCCCCGCCUACAUCAGCCCAGACGUGCUCAGCGGCCGGCCGUACCGGGGCAAGCCGAGCGACAUGUGGGCCCUGGGCGUGGUGCUCUUCACCAUGCUCUACGGCCAGUUCCCCUUCUACGACAGCAUCCCGCAGGAGCUCUUCCGCAAGAUCAAGGCCGCCGAGUACACCAUCCCUGAGGACGGGCGGGUUUCUGAGAGCACCGUGUGUCUCAUCCGGAAACUGCUGGUCCUCGACCCCCAGCAGCGCCUGGCCGCCGCUGACGUCCUGGAGGCCCUCAGUGCCAUCAUCGCGUCGUGGCAGUCCCUGUCAUCCCUGAGCGGGCCUUUGCAAGUGGUGCCGGACAUCGACGACCAAAUGAGCAGUGCAGACAGCUCCCAGGAGGCGAAGGUGACGGAGGAGUGCUCCCAGUACGAGUUUGAGAACUACAUGCGGCAGCAGCUGCUGCUGGCCGAGGAGAAGAGCUCCAUACACGAGGCCCGGAGCUGGGUGCCCAAGCGGCAGUUCGGCGGCGCGCCACUGGUGCGCCGGCUGGGCCACGACGCGCAGCCCAUGAACCCCUUGGACGCAGCCAUCCUGGCGCAGCGCUGCCUGCGGAAAUAGCAGCCUCGGGCCGGGGUACCAGCUCCACCCACCACCUCUUCCCGGCCCCCGGCCAACACCUGGCUGCGGGGCUGGGCCCUGGCACGCUGGACUCUCUCCCAGGCUGCCACAGGGACAGGCAGGGACAGCCCAGGUCACACAUGGGGUCAGCAGAGGUACCACGAAGCUACCUUUUGGAAUGAUUGCUUGAUUGUUUGGUUUUUUAAUCUGAGAAGCCUAGAUAACUAAUCUGCUUUUAAUCAUGACGUUUUAAUCUACCUCUGUCUCUUUAACCAUGCUGUCUCUGGACUGAGUGAGAGGGAGGAGGAGGAGGAGGAGCCCAUCCAGCCGCCUGGCCAGGCAGCUGCUCCCCACAGUCCAAAUAAGCUGAACGUGCAGCUCGCUGCUGGCUCCCAGAACGAACGCCCACCCCCCACGCCCCCCCAGGCCCCUCCCUCCCCUUCUGACCCCAGGCUCUUCCAUCCAAGCUUUGGAAAACCUUCACCUCAUCUUAAGUGGAAUUCAAAUAUAUUUAUUUUUAUACUGAAACCAACUUCUCUCCCAUGACCAGGUGGCUCGGCCCAUGGCCACUCCCUGCCCCAGCCUGGCCAGACAGCAGGGAGUCCACAGCCCACCGAUGGCCCCCUCCCCACCCCCAGGCUCUGAAAGCCCCUUCUUGCCAGCCCCUCUCCACCUCCAGCCCACCAGUCCUCUUGUCUCUGGUGAUGGGGGGCCUUUCUCGACUUGGUUCUCUUUCUCCCAUCUCAGUAGCGUCUCUGAGGUGCUGCACACAUGCAUUAACCCUGGGGUCCUUCCCCGCCCUCGCUGCGUGCCGAGGUCACGCUGACACAGAUGUGAAAGAGGGCCUGGGGUCGGGCUGGGGUGUGUGGGGCUGGCCUCGGACAGGCGGGCUCUGCCCCGCGCCUCCCACCCCACUCUGUGGAGAGUGGUGGGGGCGCCGCCCCUCCCACCCUUGCCCCCUAGUAGAUGCGGUGUCUCUCCUGGCACACCCCGGCCGGGGCCCUUCACUGGGCUGCAGGGCCUGUGGGAAGAACUGCAGACACCAGGGGCCUUGUCUGGUCUGAGAACAGCCCUGCUGCCCUCUUUGAGCCGAGAUUUUGAAGUGGAUGCCCGUCUUGCCAGAAAUGCUGUUCUCGCCAGAAUGCCCUCCCCUCUCCUCCCCUCCCUGCCCUCCCCACUCCCUCGCUGGACUUGGCCCUGCCCAGUGCCAAGCAAAGACCUCCCCUUGGCCCCCCACAGACCCCCUUGGAAAGGCCAAGAGUUCCCUUCCAGGCCGCCCUGGGCCCUUCAGCCCUUCCUGCCUGUCCCCGCUCCCCAGUGGGAAGGCGACCAAGGUCUGUGUGACCUUGUUUCCCAGUGUGAGCUGCCCCCUCCCCAAAAGCUGACUCACUGUGAGUGACUUGGGGCAAGUUCCCAAACCUCCUUGUGCCUCAGUUUCCCCAUCUGGAAAAAAUGGGGCCACCUCUUGCCAGCAGUAGCAGGGCCACCCACGCCCCUUCCUUCCCACACCCCUUCCCAGCACUUGGGCGCCUUGUGCCUCUGCCUCAGUGGGGCUGAGGGAGCCCGCCUGAGCCCAGCACUUACUCGCCUGGAGCAGCAAGCCCUGCCUCCGCCAGCUGUCUGGCUGCUGAGAGCCAGGGUCUCAUGCUAUGGGGUCGAGGGAUGUCCUCUUUUCUAUAUUUAUUUCAAGAAGAAGUCUCCUAAUGGAGUAGAAAUGCAGUCUGGCCUAGGGCUCCGGCCCCUGUGACUGUCCCUGUGAGGCGCUCAGCUGUGCCCCUUGCCCAGCAGCCUGCCCAGGCCCUCUGCGCCUGCUGGCCACAUGUGGUCUUUCUCCUCCUGAAAAAAGCAAUACCCUCCGAGUCUGCAAACCCUAUCAGACAGAGGUCCCUUCCGAGGCCAACCCAUGUGUCUGAUCGCAUUUCGAGCAAAGCAAACGAGAGGAGGUUGGGUCUGCUCACACUGGGCGUCACAUGCUGAGAGAAGUCCAGUUGUAAAGAAACAAAACAGAAAAAGCCACAAAAAAAUUUGUAUAAAGACAUAUUUUUGUACUACAUGGGGACUCUUCCUGCAUGUCAGCAAUAAAAUUUCCUGUUCUGGAGCCA